AUGUCUCAGCUGAGUUUUGUGCUCAUUGCUACGUGGAUGUCACUCAUGAGAACAGCCUACCAGGGAUGCCUGGGUGUUCGAGUGGCGGUCCAGCUGGACAACGCGCGGAAAGCAGCGGCCAACGAAGAGGAUGAGACCCUCAAGGUGCGGCGGGAACUCCAGAAACGCUUCUUGGAGCUGGAGACCCGCGUCCGUGAGUUUGUGCAGGACUGGCGGGCCUUUGAACACGACGGCCAGAGACUGACACUGCUUCAGGAGCGAGUUACCGCCGGACUCCACGAGGAGUCAGAAGGCCGUCGAGCUGUGCGUUCAGAGGUGCAGAAGCUCAUCGGGAUUCUCCAAGAUCUCGAUCAGCAGCGGCCGACCCAGCUGUUCUUAAGCCCACAGAUGAUUUGGCGGCUAUCGCAUGGCAAUGCUGUCAUCUUGUGCCGACAGAGCCGGAUGGUGGAGGUUGGGUGGCUCGUGGGAAGACGGGAUGUUGGGAGGGCUAAGUGCGGGUUUGGAUUUCCUUCGCAUGCGAAUCCCUGA